CGAUAUAUAAAAAUAAUCGAUAUAUCGUUGCCAUCCCUAUUAGUAACCUAACCUCACUUUACUAGUUUCCGAUGUUGUAGUGUUUGUGUUUAUUGUUUUCGUUAUAACUUUUUUGCACCAAGCUAUAGCCGCAUCAAAUUAAAUAGAAUGUCUACAUCUAAACUCCCAUCUGUUGAGACGUUACUUUCACCUGUUGAAACGCUUAACCUGCGUUCAAAUUCAGACUCUGCCGAACAUCAAGAAAACCCCAAAGCUCUGAUAGUUAAAGAUGCGGGGCUGCUAUACUCAAAACUACAAUGUGUGCUUUGUGGAAGAUGUCUAUCUGUUAGCCCAGUUAGUGAAAACCGGGGCGAGUAUACAUGCGGCCGGUGCUGUCCAACUGCAAUGCCGUGUUCACUCUAUGAAACUGUGGCAGAACACUUUACGUUUCCCUGUAUUUUUGAAGGAUGUGAAGCAGCAUUGAUCUGGGGUGAAGUAGAGGCACAUGAAAAGGUCUGUAAAUUUCGUCCAGUUUCAUGUCCUUUCCCCAAGUGUUCAUAUAGAUACCAAUGCAAUGAUUAUCAAAAACACUUUGAAACUGCUCAUAGUUUACAUAAUGGGGCAUAUUAUAGCGAUCCUGUAGACAUAAAAUCGUUAGGCGAUAGCUUUCCAUAUGUUGAUCUGCAUUGUAUACAUUGCGUUGAUCUCACUUUUUUGGUAAUCAUACGCAUUUACAAGCUGCGUGAGGCUAAUGGAUCAGCGUGCCACAUCAGUGUUCUUUGUAUGUCUAUUGAACAGGAUCUUUCCGAAUUAGAAUCCGAACUUACGAUUAAUUUAGCCAGCGAUACUGUCUUGACAAAGACUCUAAAUUGUAGCAAUUUUAUCCAGUACAUCGAUACUCAACAUUGCAUUAAUUGUAUAUACGAAUCGUGCGACAAGCCAGAUCACAUGAAUAUCGGCAACGACGCUUUGUCUUCGGAAGUGUUAAAAUUUCUGACCGAUAAACCGUUUUCAUAUGUCGUUAAAAUAUCCAAGAUCGGAGGAUCCGCAGAGAAACCAUCGAAUUUCGAAUGUCCGAUUUGUUUUAAUGUUUUCGGUGAACGAAUAUACUUAUGUCCGGGUGGCCAUUCGUUAUGCAACAAUUGCACGCGUACGUUGACGCAUUGUCCGUUUUGUAGACUGAGAAUUACGAAACCGGUCAGAAAUUAUUCUUUGGAAAAAAUCGUUGCAGAACAUGCAUUACAACUGAGGAUGUAAUUUUUGUUCCUUUCGAGUAAGUAUGUACGAGGCACGUCCAGAAAGUAAGUGUACUCAAUUUAUGUAGGGUUCAAAAAAAAUUUAUUAAAACCAUAAUAUACUUGGUUACACUUGUACAUAUGUAAGUUAUUUUUCGACAUAGUCACCAUCCCUCUCGAUGCAAGUGGUGAGCCGCGGGAUCAAUUUUUUGAUGCCGGCCUCGAAGAAGUCUUCCGCCAGCUCUUUCGCCCACUUCUCCACCUCCCCCUUCACCUCCUUGUCCGUUGAAAACUUGUUUCCACCCAUGUGCCCCUUUAGGGAAGUGAAGAGAUGGAAAUCUGAAGGAGCCAGGUCAGGGGAAUACGGGGGGUGAUUCAGAACGUCCCAUCCAAAAGAGUCCAGGAGUUGCUUCGUGGCGUUGGCCGUGUGGGGUCUGGCAUUGUCGUGCAACAGGCAGACUCCCUUCGUCAGCAUGCCCCUCCUUUUAUUCUGAAUCGCCCUUUUCAAUUUUUUUAGCGUCUCAUCGGAGCUUUUCCCUUCACAACGAGGUAGCGAAUGACGGCGCGAAUUUCGCACUUGGCGGGAGAUACGAUCGACAUUUUUCGCGAGAGAUGUUACUGCGUCGAGAGUUUUCAACACACUAACCUCAGAUUGGUCUCUUUUUGAAGGGGAGGGGUUAGGCUACGCGGCAGUGUUGCCAACAUGUCGAAAAAGUAUUCUCUACAGCUGUGAGAAUACCAGUACACUUACUUUCUGGACGUGCCUCGUAUAUACUGUUGUACCUAGCAGGUGACUCACCAAUAUCAUUUAUUUGUUUUUAAAGAUACUAGAAUGAAAUUUGGUAUGUAGGUAGGGGAAAGUCGCCUAAGUCGUACCAUUUUUCGGAAAAAUGUAUAAUAAGCUAACAUUUUCAAUAUUAAGGGGCUCCUUUUAUUUUAAAUACCAUUUUAUCAUAUUCAUGGCAGAUUGGAUUGAAAAUUAAAAAUGACAAAUAUUUGUAAGUUAGAUGUGAAAGGUAGCAAAUGCAGCGCCAUUGUACCGGGUGUCUCAUGUAAACUAAAAAAGACAUUUCCGGCUAAACCAGAAGUGAAAGUAAACAAUUGAAUAGACACAGUGCAUAUUAUUUAUGUGAUAUAUCUACAUACUUUUCAUUUCAUUUUUGUAUCUUUAAAACUAAAAAACUUAUAGGAGUGAGCCACCUGCUAGGGACAUACAUGUUUUAAAAAAAAAUUUAUAAUAUUGUAUCAUUUCGAGCUCUAAAAUAUCACUAGGAUUAAAUUAUUAGAUUUGUAUAAUAGUUUGAACUUUAUUUUUAAAUCCUUAUACGGAGUAUUUCAGAUAGACGUGCCAAUAUUUCUAUGUAUGUAAUCAAGUUAAGGCUAAAUUAGCUCCUUAAUGUUAUGAAUACCACCGCCAAAUUCCAACAAAAUUUGGUAAAGGAUAUUUUAGAUAUUUACGAAAAACCGUUUUUUUCAAAUUUUAACACCCUGUAUUUUGAGAACGAAGAAUUAGCGGACCUACGUUUGUAUGAACUUUUUGUCUCAAAAUUACCCAAAGAAUCGGCUGUUAAAUUUGUGGUACAUACCUAACACCCUGUUUAUAUGAACUAUUUCUAUUUCACAUGUACGUUUCUGGUCCAGGAAUGUGCCUUGUAAUUUCAGCCUAUCAUUAAUUAACACCAUGUAUACGUAUACAGGGUGAACCUGAAAUAGGCAAUUUCAAAAAAAUACCAGCAAAUUUAGUAGCUGAAUUACAUGACAAAACCUUGAUCCUUUGAUUUCUCCUGUAUAGCUUAGUAGGGAAAUUUCGUUAUUUCUAGAUAAUGUACUGAUUCAGAUGUAUUUAGAAAAGGUUUUUAUACAAAACAUGCUUUAUUUUGUCUGACUGCAAAUAUGGUACCUGCAUGCAUUUUCUGUUCAUUAUUUACUUUAAUGUGUAUUUUUUUAAUAAAUAUUUAAAAGUGCAA